GAGGAAGGAAGAUGGCGGCAGUUGAUGGACUGGAGCUGCUGUUGCGCUUUUAAAACGAGAGAAAAGGCUGUUGAUGUGGUGUUAAGCGGUCGGUUUAAUGUCUCAAGAAGAGACGGCAGCAAAUCCCACACGGAGGCUUUGACCUGAGACUGCAGACUGCCGGACCGGACUGAAGGUUUAUUUGUGGAUUCUGUUCCUCCGCUGUGGUCCCACUGUCUGACUUCUGCACCACCACUUUUCCUGGCCCAUGGACUUGACACCAUCAACAGGCUUCAAAAGGAGGCCUGCUGCCUCCUCUUCCCCAAGUGGAGUUAGAGAGAUUGCCAGGAGCCCUCCUCUCUGCUCGCCCUCCUUGUCUCUGUCUUCUCCUUCAUCUGAUCCGUCAUCACCCUUGUCUACAUCCUCCUCUGUCUGUGCCAACGUGUAUCAGAAUCAUGUAAAAGGUCAGACCCAGGGGACAGAGGUGGCCAGGGUGUCCUCCACUUCUGCCUCUCAGGCAACACAGUCUCUCUCCACAUCUACACCCAGCACCACCUCCCUGGACUUCUGCCUUCACACCUCAGUGCAGCCCAGCCACGUUUCUGAAGAGGAGGACAGGAAGAGGGAGAUGUACGAUCCUUUCCAUCCCACUGAGGGAGACAAGGAGGGAAGGGAGAGGGGGGAGGAGGGGGAAGGGGAGAAAUAUGACCCCUUUGACCCCACUGGUUCCCCAGCAUCAGACACUGAUGACGGCAGUGGCAAACUGAGGGGGGUGAAGAGAAAGGCUGAGAGAGGACAUGAGGAGGAGAAAGAGGAAGAACCACCAGACUCCACUGACACUUUGACUGAUCUGCCAAGCCCCUGUCUGGUCACCCAGCUCCCUCUGAGGAGGAGAGUGGACUGUAGCACCACCAAGGCUGGAGAGCAGAGGGAGAGUGCAGACUCUGAUCACUCUGAAAUAGAGGAGGGGGAGAUCGUUGGGGCUGCUGACAGAGAUGGAAGCAAUAAGAGAGCACCUGUAGAAAUCCUCCCACUGAACUCUCCCAACGUCUCCUUCUUUAGUUCAAAGCCAGAACGCAUCCUCCGGGUGCUGGACGGGGACGGCUUCGUGUCUGUGCGCGCAGAGGGUAGCUGGGAGGUGGACAGGGAGUCUGAGGACGAGCCUGUGGUGGGAGUUGAGGAUCUGAGAAGGAAGCUGGUCAGCAGGCGGAAGGAAAGAUAUCUCUCCUUUCCUGCUUCUUCCCCCCUCUCUCCUCAGCCACCGCCUCCUCCCUCCCAUCCUCCAGUUUCUACACCCUCUUCCCCUCUCACACCUCCUGUAGAGCAAGGCAGCAAGAACCGCAAGUCCUCCAAAAGCUCCAAGGAGCGAGACCAACAGAAAAGCAAGGAGAGGAAGGCCGGGGAGAAGGAGGAGAGAAGGAAGAAGAGGAGGAAAGACAAAGAGGGAGGUUGGGAGAAGAGCAAAGAAAAGGAGGAAGCACACAAGCCCGGGAAGGAGGUGAUGAAAGGACGGAGGAGCAGCAGGAGCAGCAGCCGGAAGAGGAAGAAAAGACGGCACAGCAGCCCAGAGGCCUCACGAUCCUGCAACUCCUCAGGCAGAGGGGGCCACACAAGACGCUCCUUUUCAAGCCUCUCUGAAGAAAGACAUCGAGAUAGGGAACGAGACAAAGACAGAGACAGAAGUAGAGAUAGAGAGAGGGACAGAGAGAGGGGAAGAGAGAGAGACAGGGACAGAGAGAGAGAACAAAAUCGCACCAGUAGCAAUCGAAGAGAUGAAAGAGAUCGAGAUUCAGACUCGAGAAAGAAGGAGAGGGAAAAGAAGGGAAGACAGCAUUCAAGCAGCAGAGAGAGGGGCAUCUCAAAGAGUUCCAAAAGGAGCAGGGAGAAGAGGGAGGGAGACAGAGACCGGCAGCGUGAGAGGGAUCGGAGACGGGACGGUCGUCCUGUUGUCCCCCCAUCCAUCCAAGACCUCAAUGGGUCGGACCUCUUUGCCAUCAAGCGAACCAUCACAGUCACCACCACCACUACCACCACCACCGUACCCGGCUCCCCGAGACUCGCCCCAACCUCCCCCUGUCGGCCCGUGCAAGACUCUGACAAGCCCCACAAAAGGAAGAAGAAGAGGAAAUGGCACUCAGCCGGAGAGGCGCAGGACCGGGGCAGCUGUCGAAGCCGGUCGCAGUCACUCUCACCUCCGAGGUAUCACAGCUACGAGUCAGACCGCUACUCAGACAAACUGGAGAUCGACGUGCUGUCUCUGGAUGGUGAGGCUUUGGACUCAGACUACCCAUCCCUGGAGGAUACACCUCCUGCUGCCCUGCCUCCAGAGCCACCUGCCCCCAGCCCCAAAACUAAGACAGUCCCCAAGACUGGACGACAUCACCCGAAAAAGAAAUCUCGCACGUUAAAGAAAGUCGGACAGUCUGAAUCCUCCUCCUCGUCUUCCAUCAGAACCAAAAGCAAAUGCCUCUCCUCGCUGACGGUCACCUCAGGCUCUGCCUCUGUCUCAUCUGGCCUCCCUUCAGCGAAGCGAGCCAAGAAAGUGGGAAAGGACAAAGAGCGGGACAAAAGCAGUAGGAAGGAUGUGGGUCGGUCUGGUAAGUCCAAGAAAGAGAGUGGCAGCAGCCGGAAAGGCAAGCUCCAGUCCAAAGUGUCUGUGCUAGUUCGUGAGGGCGUGAGCAGCACCACGGGGGCUUCAGUAGGCUCUGGAAAGCUGGGCAUGGACCUCCUUGGUCCAGGAAGUACAGGGGGCAGUUCUGGGGGUUCUGUGGUGGGCGGCUCUAUUGCGGUAGUCUUCUGCAGAGACAAUGAGAGCAGGUCUCCAUUCCUCAAACCGUGCUCAGAACCGCUGUCGCUGAACAGCCGCAAUAAAGAUCUGGCCAGUCUGGGAAAGCGAAGCAGCCUGGCCGCACCACCAUCCUCCUUAACCAACCCUGCAGGACUGAAAUCCAAGAAAACUAAACCCAGCUCCAUCACAUCCACCUCCUCCUCUGCCUCCUCCCCCUCUUCGUCUCUGGCAACCAAGCGCCGCCGUCGGCUGGCCAAGAAGACGAGAGAGAAGGGUGGAGCUGCAGGGUUAACGGCUGGAGACGGCAGCCAGGCGAAGGCCACAUCCGAGAGCUGGGGUGGAGCCUCUUUAGAUGUUCAGUCAGCUGGUGGAGAUGGGAGCAAGUCAGUCAGUCCACAUACUGGCCCCGCCGGACCUGCACCCUGCUCUUCCUCCUCUUCCUCCUCCUCCUCCACCAGUGUGCUCCCACCCUCCUCCUCUCCACCACACACGCCUCCACCCUCUAUGGCUCCAUUGCGGGACACCAGGGAUUCUUCACCAGACUCUCAGACUGUGGACAGCAGCUGUAAGACUCCAGACCCUUCUUUUCUAGCUGAGGACUGUCCAACUCAGACCAGCCCCACAAUCCCGACCUCCAGUCCGUCCAGCCUGUCCACCCCCCAGGGAGCUGGCCUCAGCAUCGCCUUGUCUACACCCACAGCCAAGCCUCCACCUCCAGAUGAUGCACCCAAGUCUCUGUCCUCUCCUCCCUGCUCGUCCUCUUCGGCAGGCUGUGGUCUCACUUCCCUGUCUCUGCCUCUCUCUUCAUCAGACCCCUCCUCCUCCUCUGUAUCUUCCUCAUCUACCAGCAAGCCUCCCCCUCCUCCUCCCCCUCCAGCAGCGCCUGCCCUCCCCUGGAGUCUGCAGACUGGGGUGGACUGCACAACUGGUGGAGUCCUAGCAUUGACUGCUCUGCUCUUCAAAAUGGAGGAGGCCAACAUCGCCAGCAGAGCCAAAGCACAAGAGUUCAUCCAAGCAACCAGCCAGAUUCUCUCACAAGCCAAUCAGAGCCAGUCUCAGCAGCACGCUCCCCCUUCCUCUGCCUCCUCCUCCUCCUCCUCACAGAUCCCUCCCCCUCCUUCUAUCCCUCCGCCUCCUUGUCUGAGCCCAGCCCAGUUCAUCCUCCACAGCUCCCUCCCAUUGGUUGGAUGCACCAAAACCCCACCCUCUCACCUGCACCCCUCCAUGAGUGGCGGUUGUGCACAGACCCCACCCCCCAUCAUGCCAGUGGGACUGUCUGGAGUGACUGGGAGCUCUGGUGACACUGGAUGGGACAGUGAGAACAAAGACCCUGACAAGUACCUGAAGAAGCUGCACACCCAGGAGCGAGCAGUGGAGGAGGUGAAGCUUGCCAUCAAACCUUACUAUCAACGCAAAGACAUCAACAAGGAUGAAUACAAAGACAUCCUCAGGAAAGCUGUGCACAAGAUCUGCCACAGCCGCACUGGAGAGAUCAACCCGGUCAAAGUCAGCAACCUUGUGAAGCUCUACGUGCAGCGCUACAAAUACUUCCGGAAACAUGGACGUAAAAUGGAUGAGGAGGAGAGGGAUGACAGGGAGCCAGGAGUGCUACACUCCUCUGCCUGAGAGGAGACCACUCCGCCUUGUGCUCAGACCUGAGCCACCCUCUGAUUGUUUGUCUGAUAUUUUUAUUGCUUUCAUAGCCACCUGUCUGUUUUUAUGUGAUCUCCCUUCUCUCUGUGAUCUCACUGUAAAUAUGUCUCAUUUAGAAAAUGUAUCACAUAUACCAUGUUGAAGAGGUGGAUGCUGUCAUGCUCACCUGUGUGAUCUGAUACAGUCCAGUACUCCAACCCUGCAACACAUACCACCUGUGUGAAGCGUUUAGUUUUUGUUGACUGUCUCCUUAGAAGCUUCACAGCGGUGGUACUGAUCACAGGAUGUUUCUCGGCAGCAGUGGAUUAGGUCUCCAUGCUGGUUUGUCCUCCCCAUCCCCAUGUAUAUGCGAAUCCCAGCUGAGGAGAGGAGUAAUACCCAGUUGAACACAUUAAAAUAUAUUGUACAACCCUGAAGGACACUACACCCCAUCUGUCUCAGACAGUAUGGAAACAAAGCUGUCAUGGUCCAGACACACUGACCUCUCAGCUCUGUCAUUCUGCCGUCUCUGUUGAGUGCAUGUGUUACUGAGGUUGAGAAAGUUGCUAAAUCUCUUUAUAAAAUGACUUGACCAACAAAAUAUAAAUGUUGCUUGAA